AUAAUUAAAGCGCAGAGUUCGUCUCGAUCAGCUACUUGUCCUCGUUGCCUUGCAUCAAGCGUUGCUUUUCCAUCAUUAGAUGACGACGAUGACAGUGAUUCCAAGACUUCCAUCACAUUUAAGGAACGGAAGCGGGAAGCACACACGCAAGCGGAGCAAAAGCGCCGUGAUUCCAUCAAGCGCGGCUAUGACAAUCUGCAAGAAAUUGUCCCUACAUGCGCGCAAUUGGAUAGUGUCAGUGGCUACAAAUUGAGCAAAGCUAUCGUUCUUCAGAGGUCCAUCGAUUAUAUACAGUUUUUGUCGCAGCAGAAGAAAAAACUGGACGAUGAAAUUACCUCGUUACGGAAAGAGGUCGUAGCAUUACAGAUCAUGAAGUCAAAUUAUGAGCAGAUUGUUGAAAGCCAGCAAAAUAGACCAGGUCCAUCCGCGGAAGCUGUAUCCGAUGCCGUGAAAUUUGAGGUGCUUCGGCAGAUUUUAGAAGGUCUUUACAGAUCUUUCGAUCACUCCGUUUCCGUCAACAAUUUUGCCGAGCUUUCCGGCUGCGUCUUCACGUGGUUGGAGGAAUUUUGUAAACCC